AUGGCCUUUGCCGACGCCGUCUUGCCCUCCAUCAGCAGCCUGGCCGGCUUCUGCCACUUCCAGGAGAAGCAGUCGGAGAUCCUCAAGUGGUGGAAGGUGGAAGACGCCCUGGACCCCCCAGCGCCCGGCCCCACGGACCUGCCCCAGCCCCACAGCUCCCUGCAGCUCAAGCAAGAGGCUGAGGACUCCUGCUGGGACCUGGACUUCCUGCUCAGCAAUUUCCCCAGCCCGGAGGCCGGUGGCCCCAGCCCAGGCGGGGGGUUCGAGGCGGGGCCCGGGCUGUGCCAGUCGGAGGCCUACAAGGGGCAGAGCCCGGGCGGGUACACGUCGGGGGCUGGGCUCCCGGGCCCCACCAGCCUGGUAGCUGAGCUCCUGUCGGGGGAUGAGCCCCUGGGAAAGGGGGGAGCGGGCACCUUUGGGGGGCAUCUGCCGGCAUAUCCCUCCAGGCCGGACUGUGAGACCCAGCCCCCCGGCGGGUACGGGGAGCCCCGGCCUGUGGCCCUGCGGCAUGGCUACCAGCUGACGUACGGGGGCUACGCCCCGCUGGCCCCCACCCUGCUGGCCCGGGGUGCCCCCUACUGCCAGCUGCCUCAGCCGCCCCCCUACGGCCUGGGGGGCGGCUACCAGGCCUUCUGUCACAGCCAGUACCAAGCCCGGUUCCAGCUGUACCGGGGCAGCCCAGCUCUGCCCUCCCCGGCGCCCGCGGGCUACCUCGGCCUCCUGGCACCGCCCGUCCCACCGCCCGGGGAGCUCCCAGCCAAGCCCAAGAGGAGCCGCAAGGGCUGGGCCCACAAGCGCCCUACCAGCCACCCCUGCAGCCACCCCAGCUGUGGCAAGACCUACACCAAGAGCUCCCACCUCAAGGCCCAUCUCCGCACCCACACAGGCGAGAAGCCGUACCACUGCACCUGGGAGGGCUGCGGCUGGAAGUUCGCCCGCUCGGACGAGCUGACGCGCCACUACCGCAAGCACACAGGCCAGCGCCCGUUCCAGUGCCGGCUGUGCCAGCGCGCCUUCUCCCGCUCCGACCACCUGGCCCUGCACAUGAAGAGACACAUGUAGUGACUGCGCCUGGCUCUGCCUGCGCCACGGACUGGAGCGGCCGCGCCACCAGCGUAGACCCGGGCACGGGCCUGUGACUGCCACGGACGCUCGGGGCCAGACGGGCACUGGCCAGCAGCAGAAUUGGGGUGUGUGGGGGGGUUGAGCUUCUCCUGUGGGGAAUGGACCUGGGGGGGUUCUCUGAGUGCCCCCCCUUUGAGGGCACUAGGGUG